UUUGUUAAAAUACUUCCUGUGCUAUUUAUAGAGUAUUUGGCGUUAACAACAACUAUUUUCAUCUCAGACCAAAUUAAUUUAUAUUUUUAGUCAUUGUUCAACGCAUCGCGGGCAUUACAUUAACUAUCGCAAUGAAUUGGACAAUACUUAUUGCUACAUUUAUAAACUUUUUGACAUUGUCCACCCAAAUUCAACAAUUUAAAGUCAGCGGUGUUCGAGCAGAACUAAUACCGGACCACUUUUAUAAAGCCAUCGAAAAGUCAGAUAGCAGUAAACAAAAUCUGCAAAUCACGUUACAACACUUCUUGGAAAGAAUACACAAAAAUUUGACAGUGACGACAUUGUUUAGUGAUUCCGAAAAUAAUGUUACAAGCGUAGAAAACAUUAUCCUUCGCUUGCAAGAAUUAUCAACAUUUUUUUACAAAUCUUCAAUAAGUACAAAAUCAUUUUCUACUGAUAGUUUUUUGUUUUUUGAAAUGUCAAAAAAUUCAAGUCGCGAACUAUUAUUAAGACUAAGGCAAAUUCCAACAGCUCAACCAUCAUUAGUAAAAAUUUAUCUUACAAACUACUUUGCUGAAAUGGAAUUCUUUCACACUAUACUUUCAGAAAUCAUUGACGAAGCAAUGGAAUAUAGUUUAGAAACCCUAAGAGCUAUUGAAAAAAUAUUUUCCUACUACGCUGAUACUCAAAAUAUUAUUUUAGAAAAUUGGAAAUUGAAGCUCAAUUUGGAUUGCUACAAGCUCUAUGUUGAGUUUUUACAACAUUAUUCAGCCAAGGUAUUUAAAUGUGCCGCUGGGGAUAAUCUUCAAGUGGUUUAUGAUGUGUAUUCUGUGACAAAGCUUAAUGUCAAAUAUAUUAUGGCACAGCUUGAGUUCCGCAUCCAACGUCUUUUCAAUUGCUUUAUGAAUAGAAGUUUUACUACACGAUGUAAAUUUGUCUUCAGCGCGGAACGAGAUUUUAGAAUUUUAUUUAGCAAACUUGCCGACUUAGAAAUAUAUUUACAUGUAAAAACUAAAAAAGACAGCUUUUUGGCAUUACGAUUUCGUCGAAAGGCUACAAUGCAAGAUAAUACAUUAAAAUCGACAAUUAACAAUUGUAUCCCAAUUGGGUUUCCACAUAGUCAAAUGUCAUUUGAUCUAAAUAAAUGCUUUUAUUUAAACAAAAAAUAAGUAAUGUACAUAAUAAUGUAAUUAUAAUAAUAAAUACACUUGACCAAUAUUUUUUUUACGUUUAUACAAAUUUAUAUUAUUUAGAAAAAAAGAAUAGCUGAAAUGGAAACACCUUUUAUAUACUCAUAUUAUUUUAAAAUGACAAAGAGUAGAAUCUAAUAAUAAUUUUUUGUGCGCACCUGACAGCAUUUUAUUUCAAUAAAUAAGACUUCUGCAUAUGUAAAUCCAACAACUCUGAUACUUGCUUUAAAGGGAUAUUGUGUAUAAUAGAUAAGCGAAUACGUUUCCAAUUCAAUUAAAUAUGUGGAACAAAAACACCUAUAAAAAGAUUAAAAAAAAAUAUCGCACCUUAAAGAAACCAAAGUUCUGAACCCAAAUUUUGUGACCAAAAACAAUUUUACAUUCGAAAAAAUAAAUAACCAAUUUAUAAAGAUUUGUAAGGUUUUAUUCCUACGAACAUUUUAUGUUCUACGCUCUAUAUAUCUAUUUUUCAUUGACACAGUCGUCUGUCUGUCCGUGUGCUAUAAAGCUAUAAGACAAGUUUUUCACGUCAAUGCGCCUUGUCAAUUCUAACGCCCACAGCCGCUCUUAAAAAAGUGUCCAUAUGAAAGCUGAUAUUUCAGUAACUAUAAAAGCUAAUAUUGACAUUUAAUAUACUAGUUUAGAAGGCGGUCAUGUCUGAUCGUU